AUGGGUAGAGGAUGUACUACGUUUCUCGUCGUUUCAUUAAUGACGUUUAAUGUAAUAUUUCUCUUAAUUGGUGCCGCAAUACUAUGUUUUGCCGUAUAUUGUUAUGUGGAUUCAUUAAUUCAAAGUGCAGUAUCUCGUUCUGGACAUGCCGAUAAAAUGCAGAACUUAUUAUAUGCUCUUAUCGGCCUAGGCUUGUUGACGAUUGUUGUGGCUGUAUUUGGAUGUUGUGGAGCAUAUCAUGAAUCUCGCUGCCUACUUGGAACAUACUCUAUUUGUUUAACUAUUAUGUUCGGAGUUGAAAUAGCUACAGCAGCCCUGUGUUUAGUAUUUAAAGUUGAAACGGAAAGAAGGAUUAUUCAAGCUUUAGAAAAUAUUAUAAUGCGAUUUAAAAAUGAAUCAGUUGAUGAAAACUUUGACAAAAGUGAUUCUUACCGUGAUUGGAUACAAAAAAGCCUUCAUUGUUGUGGUAUCAACGGAAUGAAUGAUUAUCCAGGAUUAACUGUCCCACUAUCAUGUUGUAUUCCGAAGCAUCGAAAUUGUCCAGACAAAUCUGCCUCGUACACUAUAGGGUGUAAACAAGUAAUUAAUGAUUUGGUAAAAGAAAAAUUUCUCAUGGCAAUAAUCCUUAUUAUGAGUGUUCCAGUAUCAAAGUUAUUCGCAUUACUAUUUGCUAUACUUUUAUGUUGUUCAGUAAAACAACGAAAUGAGGUCGAAUAUACUGAAGUACAGGUGAAUGUUUAAAAGUGAUAGAGAGAAGAGAAAAAAAAGAGAAACACUAAAUAAUUCUUGUACGAGAGGGAUGAUUAAACAAACUAACAAACAAAAAUCAGACCAAUAUUCAUUCAUUCAUCCAUCUAUCUAUCUGUUAGCCUCUUUUUUUCUUAUGAUUAUCAACAUCAUCAUCAUUAUCAUAUCUUAUUAGCAUUUUUCAUUGUUGUAUUCCCU